AUGAAUGUGCUCACCAGACCCUCAUACCGAGCGCUCGCCGCGUCUCGCCGCUAUCUUCCUCGCGGCACAUUUAUCCCCAAACGCUUCUUAGGAAUACCUCCAGCCUUCCUUUUAGACGAGUACAUACCCCGAUAUCUGCUCCUCAGCUCCGUCGACGAAGCAUUGAAGCGGUCCGCUGCAUAUGCCCACUUACGCAAAUGCAACUUGUGUCCGCGAAAGUGUGGAGUGAAUCGAUACGAGACGACAGGGACAUGUCUUAUCGGAGCAGACACAGCCAAAGUGAACGUGAUAGCACCGCAUCGUGGAGAAGAGCCGUGUAUUCAGGGCUUCCAUGGUAGUGGAUCUGUAUUCUUCUCUGGGUGCAAUCUUCGCUGUGUAUUCUGCCAGAAUCACGAUAUCGCGCACCAACGCAACGGAUUCGAUCUCACUCCCGAAGAGCUCGGCGAAUGGUUUAUCAAGUUACAGAACGUGGGUAACGUCCACAAUAUCAACCUAGUCACGCCAGAACACGUCGUCCCACAGGUCGCUCUUUCGAUCCUGGCUGCUAGGGACAUGGGACUUCGUAUACCAAUUAUAUACAACACGUCAGCCUUCGACUCUUUAGACUCUCUCAGGCUUCUCGACGGUCUGAUCGACAUAUAUCUUCCCGACUUCAAGGUAUGGCGGAGUAGUACCUCGAAGCGACUACUCAAGGCAGAUGAUUACGCUUCCACUGCGAUGGAAAGCAUAAAGGAGAUGCAUCGCCAGGUAGGGGACCUUGCAUUCACCUCUGAUGGUAUUGCAAAGAAGGGAGUAUUGCUUCGUCAUCUAGUUAUGCCUGGAAGGGAAAUUAUGCGCUGGCUCGCGGAAAACGUGUCUCGUGAUCUAUAUGUGCACAUCAUGGAGCAAUAUCAUCCCGAUGCACAUGUUGGCAAGAAAAGGCGAGUCACGAGGCGAGUACGCUUGGGAGAAAGUGAUGCCCCGACGGAGGAGGUUCGGUACUCUGAGAUAAAUCGUUCUGUGCGCGAUGAAGAGCUAAGUUCGGUUAGGGAUGCUGCUGUGAAGGCUGGGUUAUGGCGGUUCUGCGAGGCCAAUGAGAAUAGCGUAUUUCAUAUUUAA